AUGUCGUUGGCAAAAACGCAAAAACUGGUAUCGUACUCGAGCAACAAUGAAAUUGUUUUCGCAGGGUUUUGCCGUGGCGCAGAAUUGCUUGAGAUUAACAUUAUCGACAAUUCAUGUUCCACUUCGAAUGAGCACAUUUGCAAUGAGAUAGAGAUGCAGCAUGCACCGUCAGUGUGUGUGCACGUCAGACAUCAUCUGCUGAUGUGCGGGUGGAUGGGAUGUGCAGGAGAAUAUGCUGUAGAAAGUUUGCCAAUCACACAGAGAAAGUUCAACGAGUUCUUACACGGCUUUGCUCUUAUCCUUCAACCAACGUUAGCUACAAGAGAGAAGCAGUUAGAAACGUGGGCUAGUUUGGUGAUAGACUACGCACAACACAACAAGAUCUUUACGCUCGACGUCGCAGAAGUGGCAAAUAGUGAACUGUUCUACAAUCAGAAGCUGAAUAGGCGCCUUUCGCCGGAAGGAAUUCGUGCUGUGUUCGACUACCUCGAGCAGAAAAGCUUAGGACAGCGCAAUCCCUACUUAUCUAAUUCACGUUUAACCAUUCAAGCCGAUCAAGGCGCAGAAGAUCAUGUGUGCUUCUUCUUCGGCUCCUUGACAUUGAAUUUGCAUAGCCUUCAACCAACGUUAGCUACAAGAGAGAAGCAGUUAGAAACGUGGGCUAGUUUGGUGAUAGACUACGCACAACACAACAAGAUCUUUACGCUCGACGUCGCAGAAGUGGCAAAUAGUGAACUGUUCUACAAUCAGAAGCUGAAUAGGCGCCUUUCGCCGGAAGGAAUUCGUGCUGUGUUCGACUACCUCGAGCAGAAAAAACACAUCGAGUGGAUUGAUAUUGUAAAAACCCGGUGUCAUAUUUAUUGGCGGCGUCCAGACGAGUGGGCAGCCUUGAUCUACUCGUGGGCAGUUUCGAACGGGUUGCUGAACACACCGUGCACACUUUACGAGAUUGCACACGGAGACGAUACAGUUCAAGAAUCUUUCUACGGUCUGGAGAAGGACGUUUUGGUGAAAGCACUACGAAGCCUCGAACUGCAACGGCGCGCACAGUUGAUGAAUAUUGGUACAGAGUCAGAGGGUGUCAAGUUCCUGCAAUAA